GACAAGAGGAACCAGAUCCAACCACAAAAGGGAACCUAGGACUUCCGAUCCAGCAAUGGAGAGAUCAAGCAGGACAUACCUCAAUGUGGAUGCAGUGGCCUCUUGGGUGGGAGUCGCUCGACUCUUGCAGGCCAUGUUUGGAUGUGCUACAUUCAGCCUUGUGGCCCACCGAGGGGGAUUCAGCGCAGCCUACGGCUCUUUCUGUAUAUCGGUCUGGUGCUUUUGCUUUGCCGUCACCGUCUUCAUCGUCACCUGCGAAUUUACUCGCCUCCAUAGCUGCCUAAGCAUCUCCUGGGGGAAUUUCACAGCUGCUUUUGCCAUGCUCGCCACCCUCAUGUCCAUCACCGCCGCUGUGAUCUAUCCACUCUACGUCCAGUUUGACUGCGAUUCCAAUAGUUGCGAGGUGAGAAACUUCCGCAUUGCCAGUAGUGUUUUUGCAGGGCUUCUGUUUGGGGCAUAUGCCGCAGAAGUAUUUUUAACAAGGGCCAAACCAGGACAGGUAACAAGUUAUAUGGCCACAGUUUCAGGCCUCUUGAAAAUUGUCCAGUCCUUUGUAGCAUGCAUCAUCUUUGGCGCUCUGGCGAAGGACAGCCAAUACAAUAAGUACGCAGCUACCCAGUGGUGUGUGGCUGUUUACAGCUUCUGCUUUGUGGUGACUGUGGUUGUGGUGGCUCUCAACGUCACAGGAAAGACAGCAACGCUGAAAUGCCCCUUUGAGCACUUUGUGGUCGUUUACACAUUCGUGGCUAUCCUGAUGUAUGUGAGCGCCGCAGUGAUAUGGCCGAUUUUCUGCUUUGAUAGUAAAUAUGGCUCCCCACAACGUCCCUACCAGUGUUCCCGAGCCAUGUGUCCAUGGGACAACCAAGUGGUCAUUGCGGUAUUCACCUAUGUGAACCUAGUACUCUACAUGGUGGAUUUAGCAUACUCGCAGCGUAUCCGCUUUGUCUCAGCUCACUAAUGCUCAGCUCGGAUGCUACAAGAAUCUUAAAUUACUUCAAGAAUGAGAGGGUUGGGACCCGUUACAAAGCCAACUGUGACAGACAAAGAAUGAACUU